AUGCAGUUCAAAACUUCGGUACUGGCCUCCGCGGCAUUGCUUCUGUCCGGCAAUGUUGCGGCCGCAGGCGACGCUCAGGCUCCCCUCGCCGGCUCUGACCGGGGUGCGGUGCCGUCGUCCUCCCGGCCAAACAUCGUCUUCGUCUUGACCGACGACCAAGACCUCCACAUGAACUCUCUGGAGCACAUCCCUCUCAUCCAGAAGCGGCUGAUCGAACAGGGGACUCUCUACAAGAAGCACUACUGCACAACGGCAGUGUGUUGCCCAUCGCGCGCGAGUUUGUGGACGGGCAAACUGGCCCACAACACGAAUGUCACCGAUCUCAACCCGCCUUAUGGCGGAUUCCCCAUCUUUGUCAAGAAUGGUCACAACGAAAAUUACUUGCCCAUCUGGCUGCAGAAUGCCGGGUACAACACAUUUUACACGGGCAAAAUGUUCAAUGCUCACACCAUCUGGAACUACGACAGCCCCCAUCUGAAGGGUUGGAACUCUUCUGACUUCCUGCUGGACCCCAACACGUACGACUACUACAACGCCACUUUCCAGCGCAACCAUGAGAAGCCGGUGAACCAUCUGGGGGAGUACUCAACGGACUUGGUCGCGGAAAAGGCCUACGGCUUUCUGGACGACGCAGUCGAGGCCAGCAAGCCUUUCUUCUUGGCCAUCGCGCCCAUCGCCCCCCACAGCAACGUCAACGCCAGCAUUCUUUUGCCCGUCAAGGGCCCCGACGACAACGUGCCCGUGUCCGAUGACAAGUUCAGGGUCAACUUCCCCCUGGCGGCCAAGAGGCACGAGCACCUGUUCACGGACGCCAAGGUCCCCAGGACGGACAACUUCAACCCCGACAAGCCCUCGGGGGCCGACUGGAUCCGUCGCCAGCCCAAGCUGACGGACGAGAACGUCGAGUACAACGACAGGCACUACCAGGGCCGCCUGCGCGCCCUGCAGGCCGUCGACGAGCUCGUCGACGGACUCGUCGACAGGCUUGAGAAGCACGGCAUUCUGGACAACACGUACGUCUUUUACACGACCGACAACGGCUACCACAUUAGCCAGCACCGGCUGCAGCCCGGCAAGGAGUGUGGGUACGAGGAGGACAUCAACAUCCCGCUCAUCGUCCGCGGCCCCGGCGUGCCCAAGGGCGGCGUCACCGAGGCCGUCACGGCCCACGUCGACCUCGUGCCUACCAUCCUCUCGCUCGCCGGCGCGCCGUUGAGGGCCGACUUCGACGGCGCCCCGAUCCCGCUCUCCGACAAGGAGCUCAACGAGUCCCCGCUCACCCGCGAGCACGUCAACGUCGAGUACUGGGGCUGGGCCAUCACGGAGAGCACCUUCGGCUUCAACGGCGACGACACAAAACGCAUCUACAACAACACGUACAAGGCGCUGCGCGUGGUCGGCGAGGGCUACAGCCUCUACUACUCGGUCUGGUGCACGAACGAGCAUGAGCUCUACGACAUGACGACCGACCCUGGCCAGCUGCACAACCUCUUGCACGCCGACGAGGCCGCUCUGGCUGCCGGCGCCACCGUCCUCGGGUACCCUCUAAAAAAGGUCCUGCCCCGACUGGACUCGCUCCUCUUCGUGCUCAAGUCCUGCAAGGGCAUCACCUGCUCGCAGCCCUGGCACGCCCUCCACCCGUCCGGCAACGUCGGGAGCCUGCGCGAGGCCCUCGCGCCUCGGUUCGACGAGUUCUACACGCAACAGACGCGUGUGCAGUUUGACCACUGCGAGCUUGGACACAUCGUCGAGGCCGAGGGCCCCCAGUUCGAGCACGACGGAGCCGUGUACUGGAAGGGCUCGAAAUGGAGCGACUGGACGUGA